ACCAGGGGAGUGCUUGGCUCAGGAAGCGCCACUGACUCAGAACCAUGGCACCUCGGGCUGCAGGCCUGGCUGCCUGGACUGUGCCAGCAGGUGUUGGAAAUGAGGGGGGUGGGGUUGUCCUGGCAGAGAUGUCACUGGUCUGGGGAGGGGCUUGGUGGCUGCAGCCCACCACCUUGAGAGGUGUGUUGCCAGGAAGCAGCCCCAGGGGGAGGAAGCCAAGGCCUGGGCUCUGGACCAAGACAGUUUCUAGCCCCUCGUCGUUGGCUGGACAGGGCUGGUCCGGUCCAGUCCACUGUGGGGUCAGCCUGCCUUCAACCCCCAGGACUCCAGGAGUCCCACUCUUCUUCCUGGACACGCUGCCCCCACCCAGAGCCACUGACACCCCAGGUUGCGCUCACCCCACCAGUGGCUCUAGGUGGAGGAUUCAUGAGGUGUUGAAGGCUGGGAGUGGUGGUGGGGAUCCCCUCUCCUGAUGAGCCUGGACCGUCACUGCCCAGUCAGCCUGUGCCUCCUUCCUGGCACCCCGGACAUCCGGCCGAGGUCAGGCUUGGUGUUCCCUGUCCUGGGGGCGGGGAGGGCAGUGUGACAGGUCUGGUGGGAACCUGGCAUCCGGAGGGAGUGGCCCCACCACAGGCACCCUCCCAUGGGGAGGAGCACUUCGUAUCCAGCUGCAGGUAGGGCUAGGGUUGGGGUCAGAACAGGCAAGGAAGCGCCAGCCAGAGGGAGGAAGCACCAGCGGGUGGGAAGAGCCUGCUGGCCCGCUGGGGUCUGUCACUGCGGAGUCGACUCCUGGGCUGCUGGCCACCUAUCCUGAAGCUUCCGUCCUGUCCUUCAUCUGCCUUUCCUGUCUGUCUUCUGUGGUCUCCCCAGGGUCUGUCUCUGCCCAGCUCUCCUGGGAGUCCCUGUCUCUCCUCUCCACGCCUGUCUGGGGUCCUUCCUGGGGUCACUCAGGUCCACCUGGCUCUUGGCUGGGGCGUCCCCCAAGUGUAGCUCAGAAUCUGCGGUGCUCCCUGUCUGUCCCUGAUGCUCUUCAGAACCCCUCUGGGUCUCGCCUGUGUGUCCAGAUCCUCUACCUGCACGCUCCCCUUCUCGGUCCCGACUCCCAGUCUCCUUGCUUACUGGGCUCUGCUCCCCUUUCUCUGGACGCCGCUUCCCUGUGUGGGGUGAUCCUUCCAGAGCCCAGCCCCUGACCCUCCCCAGACCCCCUCUGCCGUCUCCCCCCGGCCCCUUCGCUGCCUGACCGCCUUUCCCCGCAGGCCGGGUCCAGAUGCCCUGCCCUCGGCCGCCCUGGCUCCGCCGCCCCCGGGUCCCCCUGGGCUCGGAGCCCAGCAUCCCGGGCUCGCCGUCCACACCCCGGUCCCCCGGCAGGGGGGAGGACGAAGACGAGGGUGAUGAGGAGGAAGGGGACGGCAGCCGGGGAGCCAUCCUGCCGCCCGCGUCCCCCGUGGAAUGCCUCAUCUGCGUGUCGCCCUUUGACAGCGUAUUCAAGCUGCCCAAGUGCCUGGACUGCAGCCACGUCUUCUGCCUCGAGUGCCUGGCUCGUCUGUCUCUGGCCACGGCGGGCGGCGGCGACGCGGUGGCCUGUCCCGUGUGCCGCGCGCCCACGCGCCUGGCCCCACGCCGCGAGCUGCCCGCGCUGCCCACGCAGCUCGGCCUGCUGCCCGGCUCCGCACGCGCCCCGCCGCCGCGCCAGGGCUCCGUGCGCUUCGACCGCCGGCGCGGCCUGCUCUACCUGCGGCAGCCGCCGCCCGCGCCCGGACCGCGCAAGGCCCGCCCCCCGCCGCCGCCGCCGCCGCUGCGCCUCGGCCGCCCGCUGUCGCGCCGCCUGACGCUGGCCCGCUCGGCCUGGGUCUUCCACGCGGCCGUCGCCGUGGCCGCGCUGGUGGCCGCGGGCCUCGUGGUCACGGGCCUCUACAUCCUCUUCCUCAUCCCGCGCGCCACCACCUCCAGCCCCGCGCGGCCCCAGCUCGUGGCGCUCGCCCCGGCGCCCGGCUUCUCCUGGUUCCCGCCUCGGCCCACGCCGGCGGCGCCCUGGACCUCCGGCUGGAGGCCGCGCCCCGUGGGCCCUGACCUGGACGCCGCCCCGCCGGGGGCUGCGGAGGACGCGCUGGAGCCCGAGGGGGUUCCCGAAGAGACAGAGACGCCGGACGGGUCCUUGGACCGCAGGUGCUGGAGGCCCCCAUCUUUGGAUGGCAGACUAUUCCCUGGCCACACCUGUGAGUGGCCCACUGCAGGACCAACCGCCCCACUCCUCCCCAGGCUGUGGAGUUGCUGCCUGCAGGCUGAGCCAGGGUGGGAUCCAGCCAUCUCCAUGCUGGUCCUGCAUUUGCUGCAUUACGCACCUGGCUGGGGCUUGGGCUUGAAGGGGGAGGUGUGGCCUGGCCAGGACUGGGGAGAGACAGCAGGGCCCGAGCCUCAAAGACUGGCUCCCACUUGGGUCCUGAGUAUCAGCUUGCAAUGGGGCCUCGACUUCCCCUAUGGCUAGUGGCCUCUGGGAUUCGCCUAAUAUGCUGAGGGGCAGCUGUGGUCACUGAGGCUCAAAGAGGCCAAGGUUGCCCUCUGGGUCAGCCAGUGUCAUGUGAUUUUGGGUGAGGGGUCGCUCCUGGACAUCCCUGGCCCCUCUCCUUAGCCACUAGAGCCCUCAUCACCCCCAUCUCCACUCGUUAAAUACUCAGCGUCGGUUACUUCAUCUCCUCCAGGGCUCCAUCAGCAUUUUGUGGCAACCCUGCUGUACGCCAGGGUGAAUGAAGCCUCAGCCCUCCCUCAGCAGGGAGAGUGGUCCUCCUCUCAGAAGCCUUCCUGGGUUAGUCACAGUGGGGUAGAUAGCAGCCACCUUCUGCACAAACUGAACAUGGACUUUCUGUCUCCCCCCAGGCCCUGGAGCCCCGAGUCUGCCUCACUUCACCCCAGGUUGGGAUGCUGUGUGUGGCAGGUGGGCAUCCAGCAUUUUCCAGACAGAAAUGUGACUUCUUUGGGGCUAGAGGCUCCUGUUUGAUUUGUUUACAUGUGUGUCCUCAGCACCUGGCAUACAGUGGGUGCCAAGUAAUUUUGUAGGGAGUGACAGCAUUGCCGGUAACCAAGAAGCAACCCAGGAAUGUCUGCGGGCAUCCUAGGUUCACCCGGCUCCCAGCCACCUUGACCUAGGCAUGUCAGCGGAGCUCCUUCUGAUGGGAGCCGCUGCUUCCAGGUGGGAAGCAGGAGGAGGAACGUCAAAAUCAGGUCCUUAGAACGGCACGUGUUAGUUAUCUUACAGUUCUGCGGGCCAAGGGUGUUGAAAUCAGUUUCACCAGGCUAAAGUGGAGGUGUCCGCAGGACGAGUUCCUUCUGGCUGCUCUGAGAGAGGAUUUCCUUAGCUUUUCUAGCUUUUCUAUCUGCAUUCCUUGGCUUCCUCCUCUGUCUUGAGAGGCAACAGUGUAGCCUCUUUCAAUCUCUUCCUGACUCUCCUGCCUCCCUCUUUCACUUAUAAGGACACUGGGAUUGCACUGAGCCCACCCAGAUAAUCCAGGAUAACCUCUCCAACUCAAUAUCCUUAACUUAAUCACAUCUGCAAAGUCCAUUUUGCCAUGUGAGGUAACAGAUUCACAUAUUCCAGGGAUUAGGAUCUGGAUACCUUUGGGGGCCGUGACUAGGCUUACCAGAGGGUCUCCAAUAUGCCCCUCCUCAUCCCUUCCCUCCUCCACCCCAGGCUGGGAGAAUUACGGUGAGGGAGUAGAACUGGCAGGGAUGGGCCCAGCCAGGGGGGUCAGAAGGGGCCCUUGGCUGGUGGUGCACAGAAGAGAAAGAUGAUACUUUCUGCCUGAGGGUGUUCAAGGAAGGCUGCCUGGAGGAAGAGGCCUCGGGGCUAAGGGGUAACACCAGCUGGCAUUGAGGCAGGGGGCCCUAAGCAGGGAGCUGGUGGCUGAGGGCAGUGGGCAGGGUUGGCUCCUCCCUGUCCUAACGUGCUUCCUCCUCAGGACUGUGGGGAAGGGUUGCUUCUCCACCCUCCCAGCUGGGAGCCUGAGACCUCAGUCUCUCUUCCCGUAAAAUGUAGCCUACCUCGAUGUCUGCCCGCCCACUGCCUGCCCACGAACAAAGGGGCUGCCUGAAACCACCCCGGGGCCAGGAUCACAGGGGACUCCUCCCGACACUUGCCUACCAGCCUCUGUGGCCACCUGGAGCUGUGCUCUCCCGGCCCUCCCUCUGCCCACUCCAUCCCUGCCGGACGCACCCCCCCACGAAUCUGCCCCAGACUUGCUCCUCCUUCCACUGGUCCCAAUGCCUGUGAACACCCAAAGUGUGGGAGUUAGCUUCAGUGCCUGGCAUGGGUGCCCAGGGACGCCUUUACUGGCCAGACUUUGGUUCUCGCUUCUGUAAAACGGGAGACAAUAAACUAUUUGCAGGAAGAAUUCGUUCAUCCACAAGUAUUUAUUGAGCGCCUGCUGUGUACC